UAACCCAGAGUGACGGUUACCCAUCAUGCAGCUCGGCCAUGAGAAGAUGAGGCAAGAUGGCGACUAAAACAAGCAAAGAAAGUGCUCCUCCUUUUGAUUGUCCAUCAUGGGCAGGCAAGCCGCCCCAGGGGCUGCAUCUGGACGUGAUGAAGGGAGACAAACUGAUGGAGAAACUGAUCAUAGAUGAAAAGAAGUACUACUUGUUUGGGAGGAACCCAGACUGGUGUGACUUCACCAUCGACCAUCAGUCAUGCUCACGUGUCCACGCUGCCCUGGUCUACCACAAACACCUGAAGAGGGUCUUUCUCAUAGACCUCAACAGCACUCACGGUACUUUCCUUGGACACAUCCGUCUGGAGGCACACAAGCCUCAGCAAGUACCCAUAGACUCUACAAUAUCUUUUGGGGCCUCAACAAGGACGUACACCAUCAGAGAGAAACCCCAAACCCAAGGCACAGCCGGCACAGGAGACAGUAAGACAGGAGAGGACGAGGAGCUGAAAGGACUGCUUGGGCUUCCAGAAGAAGAGACAGAGCUGGAGAACCUGACAGAGUUCAACACAGCUCACAACAAACGCAUCUCCCUACUGACCAUCGAGGAGGGUAAUCUUGAAAUCCAGAGGCCUAAGAGGAAACGGAGGAACUCCAGGGUUACCUUCAAUGAAGAGGACUCCAUCAUUAACCCAGAGGAUAUAGACCCCUCAGUGGGACGCUUUAGAAACAUGGUCCAGACUGCUGUCAUCCCCAUCAAGAAACGCAGAUCAGAUAGCCAAAACACUCUGGGUCUUGAAGACCUGACCUCGAAACGCAUCCACGGCUACAGCUUGGGCGGCGGUCUUUACGGGGACUUGCCUCCCACCAGUCAUGAGAACCAGCCAACAGGAGCUCCAGGAGGUGCUGCCAUGCAGGGAGGGCUUCCUCUGCCCUUCCCCAAUCCAGCACCAGAGGUGGACCUGGCCCCAGAGGCUCCCCAGCCCCCUGUUACACUCAACCCUACCCCUGUCACAGCCCCUUAUCUACCAGAGACCCACAACGAGCCACGCAAAAAGAAGUAUGCCAAAGAAGCUUGGCCGGGCAAGAAACCCACCCCGUCACUACUCAUCUAACCAGUUUGAUAAAGCUGCUGACUCUCAGGUUACCAGCAGAUACAUCAGGGACUGUGACCUGGCAGAGGUGGAGUCGUUCACUUCUCAAUCUUUUUUUUUGGUUGUGUUACUCAUCACCAUCCUAAAAAGGCACCGCGUUUCCAUGUGGUCUGUCACAAGAUAUCAUUUACACAUUGCCUAGUCUUUUGAUAAGUUGGCCAGCAAACAGCAGAAGCUUGUUGAUUUCCAACAAACAUUUGAGCGUCACAGUGGCAGUUACAUACGUUUGUCUGUGAAUGACAGGCUACAUGGAUAUGAUGGGUCAUGAGUUAUGUUUUUGAUGUUUUGGAUGUGAUGUCAGAUUUUUUUUUUUUUUUUACUAAACACGUUUCAACAUUUUUUUUCACUCCUUAAGUGUUUUGAUAAUUCUGUUAAAGAAAUGGCAAAAAAGUACUUUUAUAUAAAAUAUAUUAUUGUGAGCAGUCAGGUAAGUCUCAGAAUCCAGACAUAAGGUCAGUUCCUAUCAAAACACAGGGCUGCUUUUCCGUUUGAAAACCUAUUGACAUAAUGUGAAACAUUUCCAUUAUGUGUAUUAGACCAAUGUGACAUCAACUGAAGUGUAAACAAGCCACUAGAUGGUGACUUGUGCACAAAGGUCAGAGUUUUCAGUGAGGUUUGGCUGCAGACUUGCAGGUAUAAUUGUUUACGGCCUGUCGGUCCAGCCUUAACAUUGUCCAGAAUCUAUAUGUGGCACCCGGUGAAGGUGGUGCUGCAAGCUUCGUAUUAUUCUUUUGGAUUCUUGUUUUCUACGUCCGGAGUUAAUUGAACUGUUGUUAAGUAGUAACAGAAUAUAGCAGAAUUCGUAUGGCAGCACAGGAACAAAUACCAAUUUCGCUGCAACAUUAAAAAGGUAGUAAAACAGAAAAGAUCGGAUUUAGUAUGUUUUAAUGGUCAUCUAGUGUGUUAACAUUAAUUCACAUGCAGCAGAGCACAGUGCAGUUUAUACAGUAUUCUGUUUAUAUUUAGUUUGCCCUGAACUGACUUGAGACAUAGGAACUGUGUUUUUGAACAGCAGCAUAAAAUCAUAGUUAGCCGUGUCAAACAUGCAAUGAACAGGUACACUAUGUAAUUGGUUUAUACAGUGUACUGCAAAUGGAAAGAUCCCAUGAAAUGGUAUUCUUAAUUUUUAAGGUGCAUAUUUGUUUUUAUUCACAGGUAGAGAGGUGACAGGAAAUGAAUGAAUGAAUGAAUGAAAAUGAAUAUUGUGGUCACAGUAUACAGUACGCAUCUUAACCACAAUGCCAUCAAGAUGCCUCUUUGUACACCCUUUUGGUGGAGCCUGUAGGCAGGACAUUAGACUGUAAGGUAUCAGUCCUACUGUAAACAAAGAAGCUACUAUUUAGUAGUAAGUUGGACUUAGGUACAGCGUGAGGUUACCACUAAAGAUGAGCUGUUUUCUUGGAAAUUUAAGCAGCCAUUUCAUGGGAUCUUUAAGUAAGUGAAAGCUCAGAGAUCAGAAUUACGCAUUAGACGAGGUGUUUCACUUUUACAAACUGUGCUGGUGACUUUUUGUCCUUGUGGGAGUGUGGAUUUUGUAAUCAUAUGACUGUAAAUAAAAAAUGAAUUACUUUUGACUCAUAACUCUCUGCAGUGUUUUCAGCUGUAAUUAAAUAAUGUCGCAUUGCAUUUGCUCAGAUAGUAACUGCCUGUAUUCCAAAUUUAUAUCUAAUUAAACAUCCUCUGAAGGAAAGUAAUUUGAUGGUUUAUAGGCAAACGGCAUUCACUGACACUAAAGGUGAUCCAGUGUGUUUAGACCCCAUUGUAUUGUAUGGAACCAUGUUGCUGCCAUGCCAGGGGAAAAAAAGGAUCAGUAUCAGGUAAUGAAAGCUUGAAAGAUUUUGUUACAACAAGAUACCAUCAAGUUAUCACGUCAUACAAACUUAACAUGUCACAACAAGAAACUUUGCUUAUAAUAAAUUUCUAUUUAGAACAGUAUACUAUUUAUGUGAUUUGAUUAAGGUCUUCAUGCUUGGGUUCAUGGUGGAUGAUAGUGUGUUAAGUAUUCAGUAUAGGAUUUGAGUUGGGGGUUGAAAAAAUGCAACCAAAUACUUAUUCAUUCAUUCAUUCAUUCAAACCUUUAUUUAUGACUCGGAAAAAAUCAAUUGAGAGAGACCCUUAUUUUCAAUGAUGGUGAGCAUUAACAAAGACAUUAACAAUCACUAAGCAAACAAAGAACCAUCGUGCAUACCAGCUAAAACAGAAAUGAAAUUCAAAACAAUAAAUAAUUGCUUAACGUAAAAAUACAGGGUGAUAAAUAUGUUAAGGUGUAGAUGUAUAGUUGAAAACAUUGAUACUCAAUUAAAACAAGGUCAGAAAUAAGGCAUUUAAUCAGCCAUAAGGGUGGCAGUGUCCAAGUCUAAGGUCUUUUGCAGAUUAUUCCAUGUAUAAGGAGCACUGUAAGAGAAUGACAUUCUUCUGUUAAGUUCCGAUUUCGGCAGUGUGAAGCAACAACCUACUCUGUGAAUGAGUAUCAAGAUUAUGGGAGGCCAGAGUUAAAAGAAAUGAAAUAUAUCAAAGCUUUAUAAAUGAACAAAUACCAAUGCUGUUCCUGCCUCACAGCCAAAUGUGUCCAGCCAACCUUUUGGUAAAGGUGACAGUGAUGGGUGCUGUAGGAAUCACAUGUUAGGAAUCUCAGGGCUGAGUGGUGGACAACAUCCAGUGUAGAUAUCCAUAAUAUCACCACUGGGGCCAGAAAAGGGGGUCAGUGUCCCCUCCACUUUCUGUGCGCACCAGAAGACACUGUGGUGAACCAAGUGGUGUGGCCAGAUCACAGUCAAAUGCACGCUGCCAAAUGUGUCUGGAGCGUGCCAAAUACACCUUUGGUAAUUCCACAAUCAGGCUCCCUUGGUGCACCUGUGGCGCACUUGGACAUUGGGUGGGAUCAGAAAGAAGGCAAUAUUAUGAGUAGAUAAAUUAAAAGCUGCAACAAUCAUGGCUUAUUACCUCCAAUACUUUCACCCCAUUUAAUCACAGGUCUCUCCUCGUUAUGACCCACAGACAGAUUUGGAACCCUGAAGGGACAAAAUGAUCCUAAAAUACAAGUACAACUUAAUUUUAGCAACUAAUUUCUCCAAAAA